AUCGAUGGUGUCAACGCCGGCAGCUUGACGCAGUUCCAACAACUCUCCGGACGACGUCAGUGACAGUUGGGUCCUUCGCUGCUCAGUGCAAACGCUGCUGGGGAAAACCCUCUGGAAGAGCCUGUUAAGUGGAAGUACACAGGCCCGGCUGCGCCGAGUCCUCCCUGGGAACUGCACGGUUUGUCCUCCGCCAUGGAAUAAUUCUCGGGACAGUUUUUUUUUCUCUUCUGCCUCGGCACGUCUGCCAUCCAUCUUUGGAUCGCAUCCGAAGGAGUGUUGCAUCUUGCGGGAGAGUCGUGAUGCUGAGCGUCGGAGGUCGGCGGCGGAGAGCAUGAGGCGGACAGGGAAGUGACCUCGGUGGACUCUACGGCCUGAGGGAGCCGCUCACUGGCACCAUGGCAUCCAAGGAGAGACUGUACGAGGUCUGGAUGCUCUAUUGCACCAAGAGGGAUCCGGAUUACCUGAAGUUAUGGCUGGAGGUUUUCAUCAGCUCCUACGAGCAAUGCCUGGAUGUGGACUUUGAAAAGCCUCUGUCGAGGCCCGAGGAGGUGCCCCCGGUGUUGACGCUCCUCCCUGACAACAUCCUGCAGGUUCUGCGCCACCAGCUGCUGCAGUGCGUCCAGAAAGCUUCCGACGGCCUGGAGCCCGAGCAGCAGAACCUGGCUCUGCUGCUACUCAAGUUCCUCAUUGUCAUCUGCAGGAACCUCUCCAAUGUGGAGGAGAUCGGCACCUGCUCUUACAUCAAUCAUGUCAUCACCAUGACAACACUCUACAUUCAACAGCUGAAGAGCAGGACCAAAGAGAAAGAGAUGGCGGACCAGAGCCAGGCGGAGGAGUUUGUCCGUCACGCACUAGCAUUUUGCGAGAGCCUCUACGACCCGUACCGCAACUGGAGGCAUCGAACCUGCGGGGAGCAGCUGGGCACGGUAGAGAGGAGCAGGCAGAAGUACAAGGCAGCUCCGCUCACCGUGGAGUUUGUUCCUUUCUUUUACCAGUGCUUCCAGGAGAGUGAGCACCUGAAGGAGAGCCUGAAAUGCUGCCUACUCCACCUGUUUGGAGCCAUUGUAGCUGGUGAUCAGAGGAACGCUCAGCUUGCCAUCUCUCCAGCCACCAUGGAGGUGUUGAUGCGGGUGCUGGCCGACUGCUCCAUGGGGGGCUGCUCCUCGGACGAGGGCGAGGACUGGGACAGCGAGGCCCCCGACCACAAGGCGCUGCUGACCCUGGGCUGCCUGCGGGAGGUGGUGCAGCGCCUCCUGGCCUCCAGCUCCGACCAGCGGCAAGUUGAGAUCGCCUCUGUGCUGGAAAACUACUUCAAGCUGCUCAACUCCGACCCGGCAGCCGUCGUAGCUUCCCAACUUCAAGAGCAGCAGCAGCAGCAGCAGCAGCAACAACAACAGCAGCAAAAACAACAACAACAACAACAACCGCAGGUGCAGCAAGCAAAGAGCAGAGUGCCGACGCUGGGCAGACACUGGGAAAGCCGGUUUGUGGCCCUGCAAGUAAAUAUGCUAGACACCAUCAGGGACAUGUUCCUGUGUUCAGACCGUCCGGUUCUACAAGCCAUUUUCCUCAACAGUAACUGUUUCGAGCAUCUGACGCGGCUUCUGCAAAACAGCAAGCUGGUUAACGCGAGGUGCACUGCGGCAGACAAGGACCAGAAAGAUAUAACCAACAACAGGUUACUGACAGGAGAGAGGGACACUCAGGUUUCCUCACGCUUUCCCCCCCAAGCCCCUUCCUCCACAUGCCAUUUUCUGCGGUACACUAUGGGUCCUGUUGGAAUGCUACCACGUUGGCCUGGUGUGAUCUCUCAGAGUUCAGAGUGGUUCAAGGUGUUGCAAGGGCGACUAGACUCCCUCGCCGUGGCGACCAUCAAAGCCCUGACAACGGUGAUGCACAAAUCACCUGCUGCAAAGGAAGUGUUCAAGGAGAGGAUCGGCUACAAUCAUCUGUACGAAGUGCUCACCUCACUCGGCCAGCCGUCGCGGCGACUCCUCAAGGAGCUGAUGAACAUGGCGGUGGAGGGGGAGCACACUUCAGUGGGGCUCCUGGGCAUCAGCAACGUGGAGCCCUUGCUGCUGCUGGCCCAGUGGCUCCCGGAGCUGGACUCGUCGGAGCGGCAGCUGUUCACGGCCGACUGGCUCCGCCGCCUCAGCUGCCUCAACCGCCAGACCCGCGCCACCUGCGUCAACGCCGCCAUGGUCAUGCGAGCGCUGGCGGGCCUGGAGCGCCACCAGCGGCUGCACCGGGCGUGCGCCGAGAGUUUGCUGGGGCUGGUGGGCUCACUGGGCUCCCAGUCGUUGGCCGCCGGGGAGCUCCUGGGACUCCUUCGCCUUCUCAGGCCUCCAGAAUCCACGCAUGUUCACCCAUAUGUGGGUCCCGCCCUGAGGGCAUUACUGGCCAUGGUGCGCAAGCAAGGCCUGGAGAGCGCCAUGCAGUACUUUGACCUGUCCCCCAGCAUGGCGGGCAUUGUGGUUCCGACAGUGCAGCGCUGGCCCGGCUCGGCCUUCAGCUUCCUCGCCUGGUUGUCGCUAGACCAGGACCAGCUGGGCCCACCCAGCAAGGACAAGAGGAAGCAGCUCUACAGCUUUUUUACCCCUGGGGGGACGGGAUUCGAGGCCUUCAUCAGCUCAGUGGGUGUGCUGGUGGUGGCCGUGUGCACCAAGAAAGAAUACGUCACAGUCAUGCUGCCCGACUACUGUUUCUGUGACUCGCUCUGGCACAGCAUCGGUGUGGUUCACGUACCGGGAAAGAGGCCAUUUGGACAGAGUCUUGUAUACAUUUAUGUGGAUGGGCAGCAGAAACUCUCCGCCCCCCUCAAGUAUCCCAGCAUGACAGAGCCAUUCAUUUCCUGCUGCAUCGGCUCAGCGGGCCACCGGACCACCACUCCGCCUCCCUCUCAGAUCCCGGACCCUCCCUUCUCCUCUGUCAUCACCCCCACCACUCGCUCCUCGCUGGGCGCCAUCUUGUCGCCGCAGACCUGGGGGGGCCUGUUGGGGGGAAAGCCGGAGUCUCUGACCAAGCUCAUCUCUGCAGGGACACAGGACAGUGAGUGGGGGAGUCCUACUUCGCUGCAAGGCCAGUUAGGAGGCGUCAUGGUCUUCCACGAACCCCUGCAGCCCAACCACAUGAAAGCCAUCUGUAGUGCUGGUCCAAAUUGCAUCUCUCCAUUUAAAGCCCAGGAGUCUGAACUCGGUGACCUCUCAACCAAAUUGCUGCUUCACUACUCGCCCAAGGCGUGUAGGAACCCCAUCUGUCUCGAUCUGUCUCCCAACAUGCUGCAUGGACGCCUGACUGGCAAUAAAGUGGUCAACUGGGAAAUCAAGGAUAUGAUCAACUGUGUGGGCGGCCUGCCGGUGCUCUUCCCCAUCCUGGAGCAGCUGACUCUGAUCAUCCCGGAUCAACAGCCCAGUGAUCCUGCCGCCGGGUCAGAUUUAAUUACUCCUGAUGUGACCACGCCACCCGACGGAGAUUGGGUCCUUUUGCCGUCCAACAGGGCUUCAGAGGCGCGCCUGGAGAAGAAUCUGGUGGCCACUUUCCUGUUGGUUCUAAAGCAUUUCCUGCAGAGGCAUCCUAUCAACCAGGAUAAUCUGCUCCACUCGCAUGGCGUCGGCACACUGGGAGCCCUGCUGCAGAAGCUGCCAGCAGGUCAUGUGGACGUCAGCGUCCUGGUCGCUAUGCAGCUGCUGAUUGAACAGGUGACUCAUGAGAAGAACCAGGUUCUACUGCAGCAGCUUCACACACACCUGCUCUUCAACUUUAACAUCUGGAACAAAGGAGACUUCCCUCUACGCAUAGGUCAUAUCCAGUACAUGUCCACCGUCAUCAAAGACAACAGGAAGCAGUUCAGAAAAAAAUAUGGAGUCCAGUUCCUCUUGGACACUGUGCGCCUUUAUUACGGGAGGGGCAGCAGCAACAAAGAGAGCGACCUCAGCGAGGACGACGUCCGCACCAUCCGGGCGUCUCUCUGCGGCCUCAUCAAAUACUACAUCAGCAAGGGCAUGUCGCAGGAGGAGAUGCAAAGCAUUCUGGGAUACGUUGCUGCCAUCGGUCCCGAGGAGCAGCUGUGUGGCAUGCUGGAGUUGUUACUCAGCCUUCUUCAGACCAGUCCUGCCAGGGACCAGCUCUUCCUGCUCCUCUUCGAGCCCGGUGCCGCCGACUCCUGCUACGCUCUCGUGCUCAACAACAAGUACUCUGAUCGACUGCGGGAGCUCGUCUUUAAGUUGUUUGAGCGCAUGCUGCGCUGCGACCGGGUCUACGAGAAGAAUAAGCAGCGCUUGCGGCUGAGGGAGGCGGGUUACUCCGGCAUGUCGCUGCUCUUCUCCGAAAUUCACAUCACUCCCACACUGAUCCGCUGUCUCCUCAACCAGGUCCUCCAUACAGAUCAUGUGGUGAACUACAAGGACCUGAUGGCCCUGGUCCAGCUCACUCACCGGGCCGGUCCCAGCGAGCGCCUCCUCGUCUGCAAGAGGGUGUACCAGCUGCUACAUUCCCAACAAGACGCUGCCAUCCAGAUCUCGAAGCAGCAGUGUUGGCAGGACACCCUCGUGCGGCUCUACCUGCGUAGCGACGGGUCCCACCCGCAGCGGAGCACCGACACCAUCAGCGCCAGCAGCCUGGACCUGAGCCGCGGCGGAGGCACCGCCAGCCGCCUGGAGCUGCCCCUGGAAAAGAGGGCGCGGGCGGGCAGUGGCGGCCGCCUGGAGGACGACCGGAUUAGUGUAAGCGACAACCGCUCAGUGGACAGCCUGGAGAGCGGCGACGUCCUCUCGCUGCUGGACACGCCAUCCUCCUCGGCCUCUUCCGAGCCGCAGCCGCACGUCAAGCCCUGGGCGGUGGGGAAGUCGGGCGGCUUGAUGCUGGAUCUGUCCCACCUGCAGCCCUACGAGGUCGGGGACGGCGGCUGUCAAACACCCGGCAGCCAGGCCAGCACGCCGUCGCCGCUGGAGACUUCUAAGCCUUUCCCAGGGAGCACCGGAGAGCGCGACGCGACCUCGUCCCUGACGGAGGACAGCUUUCUCUUCAGCGACAACCUCUCGUUGGGAGAGUCCUUCAACAACGCCGAGCGGGCGGAGGAGGAGCUGUGCCACAUGCUGCUGGAGAUCUUGCUGUGCGUGAUGUGGCGCGGGGUCGAAGGCUCGGACGACUCGGCGUGGCUGGAGCGUGGCCAGGUCUUCUCUGCCCUCGCCAAGCUGGCGACCGCCAACGAGCUGCUGCUGCCCGUCGACCGAAUCAAGCUGAGUCUCAUGGAACGCAUGUUGGAGUGGGCGGUGGGUGAUAACCGCGAGGCGUCCGCCGCCACCUUGCCGCAGCACACGGAGAACGCGGUGCGUUUGCUUCACAUGGUGCAGGACUUCCUGCAGGCGGAGGGCCUAGUCAACCCGGCGCUGUGGACGGAGAAGGUGCUGGAGGAGACGGUGACCCUGAUGGACAGCCUCAUGGUGUGGUACUCGGCCGGCGCUCAGUGGUUCCAGCUCUCCCAAGUCGGACUGCGGCUGCUGCUGGGCUUCAUGGCGCAGGAGGACCCUGAAGUGUGUGCCUUGGCCACAGCCAAGCUCAACGGCAUCCUGCAGACCAAGCAGGUGUCCAGCCAGGACGAGGCCUGCUACCUCCUGGGUAAGGUGGAGGGCAUCCUGCGGCGCUCCAUCCAGGAGCAAAGGGAGGAGACGUACUGCUUCCUUGUCCCCCUGCUGCGAACGCUGCUCUCCAAAGUCCACCGCCUCCUCUUCAUCGAGCUGCACCUCCCCCAGCUCCCCGACACCAACGGCAGCCCGUCCUUCUUCGAGGACUUCCAGCUGUACUGCGACUCCCCAGAGUGGCGGGUCUACCUCGACAAAUAUAUCAUCCCGUACAUGAAGCAGUAUGAAAUUGAGACAUUCAGCCAGGGCCACGAGACCAUGGCUCUCUACUGGAAGGAGUGCUACGAGGCGUUCAUGGUCAGCCUGCAUAAGAGAGAGAGGGAGAGGGGUGAGAGCAAGAUCCGCUUCCAGGAGCAAUUUGUGGAGCCUUUCUCACGCAGAGGGCGGCAGGAGAAUCUGCGCUACAACAGCAUGUUGAAGCAGCAGCACAGCCAGAACAGCGCCACCCUCAGGCAGUGGAAGGCAGCACGUCGAGGGCUGGUGUGUGAGAGAGGACCCUGGGCUGACAGGCAGCAGGACGAAAUGCACUGGCGCGUGUCCAGCGCAGAGAACUUCUCCCGCAUGAGGCUGAAGCUGGUGCGCAAUUACAAUUUUGACCCACACAGAGAAGCCAGCGCUCUGAGAGACAACCUGGGUGUUCAUCAGAAGCGGGUCAACGCAGAGUCUCUGCUACUGGAGGCAGCGAAGCAGGUCAAAGUCAGCGACCUGGAAGAAGACAUCCUGGAGCUGCCAGAGGACGACCCGGCCGCCGCCAACAACCAAAUUGAAGCAGAGGAGGCGGGCCAGAAGGAGAAGCUUGUGCUGUGGGAGGACUGCGAGCUGGUGACGGUGGUGGACGUGGUGCCCGGCCGCCUGGAGCUCACCACCCAACACAUCUACUUCUACGACAGCAGCCAGGAGAAAGAGGAAGGAGUGGGCCACGACUUUAAAUGGCCCCUGUCCCAGAUUAGAGAGGUCCACCUUCGACGUUAUAAUCUACGCCGCUCCGCUCUGGAGAUCUUCCUCAUCGACCAGACCAACUACUUCCUCAACUUCAAGAAGGAGGUGAGGAACAAGGUCUAUAGCCGCAUGCUGCUGCUGCGAUCCCUCAGCCUCUAUGGAACCCGCUCACCCCAGGAGCUCCUCAAAGCCUCUGGACUUACACAGAAAUGGGUGAACCGGGAGAUUUCCAACUUCGACUACUUGAUGCAACUCAACACGAUUGCAGGCAGAACGUACAACAACCUGGCUCAGUAUCCAGUGUUUCCCUGGAUUCUAGCUGACUACACUUCAGAGGAGCUGGACCUAUCUGAUCCCCGCGUAUUCAGGGACCUAUCGAAGCCAGUGGCGGUUCUCAACGAACGCAAUGCGAAGGCUGUUAGAGAGAAGUAUGAAAGUUUCGAGGACCCAACCGGCACCAUCGACAGGUUCCAUUAUGGCACCCACUACUCCAACGCUGCCGGGGUGAUGCACUACUUGAUCAGGGUGGAGCCCUUCACGUCUCUGCACAUCCAACUGCAGAGCGGACGAUUUGACUGUGCCGACCGCCAGUUCCACUCCAUCCCCGCCACAUGGCAGACCCUCAUGGACAACCCGAACGACGUCAAAGAGCUCAUCCCCGAGUUCUUCUACUUCCCAGAAUUCCUUGAGAACCAAAACGGCUUCGAUCUGGGUCGCCUGCAGAUCUCCAAGGAAAGGGUAAACGAUGUCAUUCUGCCCAAAUGGGCCAAGUCCCCUGAGGACUUCAUCUACAAACACCGCAAAGCCCUGGAGUCAGAGUACGUGUCGGCUCACCUUCACGAGUGGAUCGAUCUCAUCUUCGGUUACAAGCAGAGGGGCCCCGCGGCGGUGGAGGCCCUCAACGUCUUCUACUAUUGCACAUAUGAGGGAGCGGUCGACCUGGAUGCCAUUACAGACGAAAAGGAGCGCAAGGCCCUGGAGGGCAUGAUCAGCAACUUUGGACAGACGCCCUGCCAGCUCCUCAAGGAGCCUCAUCCAGUGCGACUGCCUCUGGAGGAAGUGGAGAAAAGGAAGGCUCAGCUUGACUCGUGUCAUUUCAGCAUGUUCGAACACCUCAGCGACCUCAAGUCCUUCUUUGUUGAGGGCAUCAGUGACAACGUGCCGCUGGUUAAGGCCGUGGUGCCAAAGAAUCAGUCCCAUUCUUUCAUCACCCAGGGAAGCCCUGACACCUUGGUCACGGUGAGUCAGAACUGCUUGGUCGGGACCCACGGGUGGCUGCCUUACAACAAGAACAUCUCCAACUACUUUACCUUCAUCAAGGACCCCACCGUGUUCAACGCCAAGACCCAGCGUUUCCUCUCCGGACCGUUUGCCCCCGGCGUGGAGGUAACCGCUGGGCUCUUUGUGGCCUCCCACGACGGCAAGCUGCUCUUCAGCGGUGGCCACUGGGACAACAGCCUGCGGGUCACCUCCCUGGUUAAGGGCAAGACUGUGGGACAGCACAUCCGGCACAUGGACAUUGUGACCUGCUUGUCAACAGACCACUGCGGCAUCCACCUGAUCUCCGGCUCCAAAGACACAACCUGCAUGGUGUGGCAGGUUCUGCAGCAGGGUGGAGCUCCUGUGGGUCUUCAUCCCAAACCGGUUCAGGUGUUGUAUGGACACACGGACGAGGUGGUCAGUGUCAGCAUCAGCACAGAACUGGACAUGGCUGUUUCCGGAUCACGGGACGGGACGGUGAUCAUCCACACGGUGCGUCGGGGCCACUACAUGCGUUGCCUGCGGCCGCCGUGCGAUAGCUCCCUGCCGCUCUCCAUACUCCACCUCGCCGUUUCCUGGGAGGGUCACCUGCUGGUCCACACCUGCCUCGAAGGCAAAGCAACGCUCAAGGAUAAAAAUUCCCUCCACCUUUACUCCGUCAAUGGGAAGCACCUCCGCAGCGAGCCUCUGAAGGAGCAGGUGACCGACAUGUGUGUUUCUGGGGAGUAUGUGGUCAUCGGCAGCGAGGAGGGAUACCUCUCCAUCCGCGACCUCUACAGCCUGUCUCUGUGCGCGGAGCCCAUGGCCAUGAGGGUGCCUGUCCGCUGCGUCUCGGUCACCAAGGAGCAGAGCCACGUCCUGGUGGGCCUGGAGGACGGCAAGCUGAUCAUCGUGGGCGUGGGCAAGCCGGCGGAGGUAAAGAGCUCGCUGAGGAACUACAUCGCUCAGAGCCUGGAGGGAUCGCCGCUCCUGGCCUCCCCCCUGCUGGCCCCGCUCCGGGCCCGCUCGCCGACCCGCCUGCUACACCAGCGCGACCAGCUGGUGUUCAGCCCCAGCUCCCAUAAACCCAGGCGGCUCUAGUUCCCCGCCCCCCACCUUGACAAACACUGUUUCACACACAGAUACACCUGCUGCACAUGUUGCCUGUGUUGCAAUGCUUGGCCUCAAAGACCUUUUUAAUCCACAGUCACCCCUCCUUCUCAGGGAUGGUUGUCGCCCCUACAGUUCUUUAUUCGUUCCUAAUCGAACCACGCGCACAGACUUCAGUAUAUCCGAGCCACCGGGAUUCAAGUCUUUGGGUGGACGUUUUGUUCUUACCUCAUACUUGCAAUGUUGACCUGAUUUGGCAGUUGACCAACUACAACCCCAUCUGUUCACCCGAAGUGUCAUUGUGUGACGUGUUUGUGUGUACUUCACCACUUCCACAAAUAUGCUGUGAAACAAAAACUAAUUAACCCUUUCUGCAAAUCCAAGCCAUAGAAACAGUGUAGCCACAAUCUAAUAAUGCAAACCAAUAAUCCUGUGUCAAGAUCAACUUCAGUGUUUUGAUAGUGUAAAUAGUGCGGUAGUGUAGAUGGGCUUGAUAGGCAGUAAAUAGUUAUAUGAAAACCAUCGCAACAUUCUGCUUUUCAUCUUUUCUCACCAAAGUGAGUCAACCGCUGAUUUACUUGCCUCACAAGUCAAUCAAGCCGCAAUGAACUAAUCGAUCACUCAUGAAUCAUAUCCCUCCUUUCUUUCUUCCCGGUUUCCUUUGACUUCAUGUUUCACCUCCCCCGCCCUUCUCCCCUCCAUCCCACUUCCUCUUCCUUUGCUUUUCGCAGAUGCGCUCGGGUCAGAUCACACGGAAGCUGUGGGGCUCCAGCAAGAGAAUGACCCAGAUCUCCUCGGGGGAGACGGUCUACAACACGCAGCACGACCACAACUGACCCAAUCCCCCGAAACCCUCCUUCCCACCAGCAUCCCACAUUCCUGUCACCCAGUUCGCCUCCUUGCCUGUCAAUCCCUCGACGGUUUGCUUCAUUCUGUCUAAGGAACUCCCUUCAGUUCCUCCCGCACCGUUCCACUGUCUACUGUGCGUGCACGUUCAUGAAUCAGUUAUGUUUUUGUAUUUUUUUUUUGCCGCUGCUUUGGAUUGAGCGUAAGGCGCUGGCGCCAGGGUUAUAAUCCAGCCUCAGCGGCACCACUACCAAUCACCGUAGCUCCUGAUCCCUCGGCUAGCCAUCGUCACUUUUACGUGAUACUAAUGUCUGUCCGGAGGUGUGCGCGCUCUGUCAAAAUGUAGUUUCCAGGGGCCUUUUUUGUUCCCCCCCCCCCCUCAUCUUAGCU